AGGUCAGGCGACCUUCGAUUGUACGGGCAUAGUCAAAGCGCCGAACUUGGCCUGCGAUGCAGACGUGGGCUGCGUACCCGUCUGUUCGCAGUCUAUAUACCUCAGGAUGCAAGACAUCCCACUAUCGUUCAGGUUAUCGACCGAACCUGGUCGACCACCGCCAUACCGCCACUGUUAACACCCAGAAGCUGGCGGGAAGUGUGCGGAUGUACAGGCUGCUGGGCCCGGCUAUCACGACAGUCGACCCAAACAAGCUCACUAGUGACUGUUUUCGGGACUUCUCGGGCUUAAAAAUAUUCAGCCUGCAUUUUCAAGAGGGCGAUAGCUCGAGCUCUCAGAGUAUGCUAUGGCGUCGUAGAUACUUGUCGUACCGCAGAAAUGGUUCGCAAGAUUCCGUGCCAUCUCCGCCUGGAACGCACGGCUUCUUCUACUACUGCGCCCCUCCAUCCUGGGCCCACGACCUCGCCGGCGAGAUCCGCUUCCGUACUACAAAGGACAGCGACCCGUCGAGCUUUGCUAGCGGACAUGACCUCCUCGUCCAGGGCAUGCCCUGGACUGUAACACUGUUCUUCAACACUUCUGUUUCGGCUGCGUUCCUUAAUAUCUUACAACGCGACGGUCUGCUCAGCGAAGACCAGAUACGCCGCUUGGGACGCUUGGAACCGUGGCGUUCCCCACUAACAGCCAAGUCGCGUCUCAUCCAUUCCAUUGGCCAGCCUUUCGCGAUACCCAUAAGUGCAAACCCAAACAGGUGUAAGUUCUCCCGGACCCGGUACCUCGUUCCUGGCAUCAUGGACGGCAGAGACGUACUCGAAAGCUUCCAUGUUUUCUCCCGCACCCGGUCUCAGUGGGGAUACGACGCCGGUCCAGACGGGACCAAGGUCUUCUCGAAGGAUGCCAUCGCUAUUGUGCACCUCGAGCCUUGGGUGCAUCCACGCUUCAAGAAACGCUAUGUUGCACUCCGAGUCCGGCGACUGCUAACUUUCGACGGCUUGCCUGUCAACUCGCCGGAUGACCACCCCGAUCACGGUGCAGCGGGACAUCUACUGCGUAAUAUCGGCAGGGAAAGAAUGAGGGUGUGGCACCAUGACCUCGACCGGGGACCAGUCGCGUGGCGGUACUUGCGUCUACCUCCUGAAGGUAUGACCGUGGACUUGUAAGCCAUCUGUACUGUACGCGAUCUUCCUGCAUACAGCGACAUGGCAGGGAUGACUUUCU